CUAUCGGCUUUCUUAAUUUCUACCACUUGAAGAUGUAGUCUGGUAUGAAGAACAUGCUAUGUAUCUCUGAUCUAUAACGAUUUGUUCAUUUAUUUAUCUGAAAUCUUAAGCCAUUUGUUUAAUCGACUUAUAUUUGUCUUCAGGGUGUUUAGCAACUACAAGAAAAGCCGAUGGGUUCAAGAUUCCCAUCUCAUCAGCUCAGUAAUGGGCUGUAUGUGUCAGGGCGACCGGAGCAGCCAAAAGAAAGAGCUCCGACCAUGAGCUCUUCAGCCAUGGUUUACACCGGUGGUGACAUCAAGAAAUCCGGUGAGCUAGGAAAGAUGUUUGAUAUCAACACUGACGGCUCAAAAUCAAGAAAAUCCGGCCCAAUAACCGGUCCUUCAAGAACCGGAUCAUUCACCGGCGUCGCUUCACAUUCAGGACCGAUCAUGUCAAACGCCGCCAGGUCUAGCUACUCCACAUCAGGCCCUGUGUCAACCGGCGGCGUUCCUGUAUCUGUCAAAAAGUCAAACUCAGGGCCACUAAAUAAACACGGCGAACCUAUAAAAAAGUCUUCCGGUCCUCAAUCUGGCGGAGUGACGCCGGUGAACCGCCAAAAUUCAGGCCCUCUGCCGCCGGUCCUCCCUGCUACCGGCCUAAUCACAUCCGGCCCAAUCUCUUCCGGCCCAUUAACUUCAUCCGGAGCUCCCCGGAAAUUUUCUGGCCCUCUGGACUCUAAGGGCUCGAUGAAAGUACACGGCGUUGUUAACAAUCAGGCUGUGACUACUCUCACUAAAGACGAUGAUUACUCAUUCAAGAAGGGUUUCCCGAAGAUAAUAUUAUGGUCCAUGAUUCUGUUGUUCGUGAUGGGAUUCAUUGCUGGUGGGUUUAUUCUUGGAGCUGUUCACAAUGGUAUUCUCCUUGUGAUUGUGGUGGUUCUUUUCAUCAUUGUCGCAGCAUUGUUCACUUGGAAUACUUGUUAUGGUAGACAAUCCAUCAUUGGAUUCAUUGCUCGUUAUCCUGAUGCUGAACUUAGAACUGCAAAAGAUGGUCAAUAUGUCAAGGUUUCUGGGGUGGUGACAUGUGGAAACGUGCCACUUGAAUCAGCCUUCCAGAAGGUUCCAAGAUGCGUGUAUACUUCCACAAGUUUAUAUGAAUACAGAGGAUGGGAUUCAAAAGCAGCCAACCCUACACAUAGGAAGUUUACAUGGGGGCUGAGGUCAUCAGAAAGGCAUGUGGUGGAUUUUUACAUAUCUGAUUUCCAAUCUGGAUUAAGGGCAUUGGUAAAGACUGGAUAUGGAGCAAGGGUGACACCUUAUGUGGAUGAAUCCGUAGUUGUUGAUGUGAACCCUUUGAAUAAAGAUUUGUCUCCAGAGUUUGUGAGGUGGUUGGGUGAGAGAAACCUGUCGAGUGAUGAUCGUGUGAUGAGAUUGAAAGAAGGUUAUAUCAAGGAAGGGAGCACAGUAAGUGUGAUGGGAGUAGUGCAGAGGAAUGAGAAUGUGCUGAUGAUAGUUCCACCGGGGGAUGCAUUCACAACAGGGUGUCAAUGGGCAAAGUGUAUGCUGCCAGGAAGCUUGGAGGGCAUAGUGUUGAGAUGUGAAGAUGCAUCAAAGGUGGAUGUCAUACCUGUGUAGCUAUGUAGAAGAUGCAUCAAAAUUGGAGUUUGAAAGUUGCAG